UGGCGGCCCCGGUUUAAGGGCGGUGGAGCGGGGAGAGCUGUGUAACCCCCGGCAGAGCCCCGCGUCCCGCUCGGCCCCGGACGGCUGAACUGGCAGAGGGAAAAGCAGUCUGCGGUGACAGGAAGGCAGCGGGACCUCUCUCUGGUGCUGUCUCAGAAGGGCUUGCAGCAUCAUUGCUUUUAGGCAAAACAUCUUUGUUUGCUGGCUGGCUUGGCCACACAGCCUCAUUUGUCCGAUUUUCUGCUCCUUCUUCAUACUGACCAUAACUGCCUGGCGGUGCAGGCAGAGGAAGAAAGCCUCAGUGUGCAGAAGAGAUCGUUCCAGCCUCUUCCUCUUAAUCUCAAACAUCCUGGUGUGUUUUGGUUUUUUUUAAUGUCUGAGAAAAAACAGAUGUAUGAUGCCUUGGCCUGACAUUCAUCACCAGGCAGAAUCAGUGCCUCAGCCAGCCAACACGACAGCGCUGUUUGAUAACUUGUCAUGCCAUCACUCCAUCGAUGACUUCCGAAACAGAGUCUACUCCACACUCUACUCCAUGAUCAGCAUUAUGGGCUUUGUUGGCAAUGGGUUUGUGCUCUACGUCCUCAUAAAAACAUACCGGCAAAAGACAGCCUUUCAGGUGUAUAUGCUGAACCUUGCUGUGUCUGACUUCCUCUGCGUGGCCACCCUGCCCCUGCGUGUCAUCUACUACAUCCACAAAGGAAACUGGUUCUUCAGUGACUUCCUAUGCAGGGUCAGUUCAUAUGCACUGUAUGUCAACCUCUAUUGCAGCAUUUUUUUCAUGGCUGCAAUGAGCUUCUUCCGCUGCAUAGCCAUUGUUUUUCCAGUCCAGUACAUCAAUCUGGUAUCAGAGAAGAAGGCUAAAUUUGUCUGCAUUGGCAUCUGGAUUUUUGUCACCCUGACAAGCGCUCCCUUUCUGCGGAAUGGGACGUACCAACAUGGCAACAAGACCAAAUGCUUUGAACCCCCGGAAAACUCUCAGAAGGCAAAUUUAGUUGUGAUCCUGGAUUUUAUUGCCCUAACUGUGGGUUUCAUUCUUCCCUUUAUUGUCAUAACUAUCUGCUACACCAUGAUCAUAAGGACCUUAAUGAAAAAUUCCUUUAAGAAGAACCGGGCUAACCACAAGAAGGCAGUCUGGAUGAUCAUCAUUGUGACGCUCACCUUCCUGGUGAGCUUCACCCCAUACCAUGUUCUCCGUACGGUCCACCUCCACGUGCUGAGGCUGAAGAAUGCCAGCUGUGAGGAUGCCAUAUACCUACAGAAGUCGGUUGUGGUAACGCUCCCCUUAGCAGCUUCCAACUGCUGCUUUGACCCACUUCUUUAUUUCUUCUCAGGGGGCAAUUUUCGGAAGAGACUUGCCACAUUUAGGAAGGCUUCUUCCUCCAGCUUAACGCAAGCCUUCAGGAAAAAGUUCUCCAUAAAGGAGAAAGAUGAGGAACCCUUUGGAGAAAGCCAUAAGGAGAAUGAAAAGGCAGCUGUGGCCUCUCCAUCAGGAAGCUAAGUCUUCCCCCAAGAUCUCAGAUGGACAAUGGAAAUCUCAGAACUCUUCUAGAAGACAUGAUGGAGGCUCACAAGCCUUCAUAGCAGUGAGAUAUGUAAUAAUGGUGUAUGGUCCAUGAUUUAUGCUACUUGGUAUUACAGCCACUGCUGGGCAUGGCCAGCCCCUUCCCCGGAGCACUGCUUGGACACACACGGCCAUUUAGGAUGGAGGAGCCACCACCAGCCAGCACCAGAAAACUAUUGAUCUGAUGAUAAACUCAUAUAAGCAAACUCUUCAAAGCCUGUAUUAGGGCAUUAGCUUCAUGUCACAGCUCGACAAACGACGUUUGUGUUGAUGGGAAACGUAAACAUGUUCGCUGUGCGCAGCACAGCAGCAUUCAGGGAGCUACCGACAAAUAAAGAGGGCAGAGUUUUCAUGAGAUCUUCAAACAGCUGCUAAAUUAUUUACACAGCAGAGGCCAGGAUAAUUCCUGCCCUGUUCCAGCUGCUUCUGCUUUGGAUUGCAGUUUUCAAGAUAAUCAUGUGUUUAAGGCUUGCAGGGCUGGUGCCAGGCUCUGCAAACCCAGGAACUCAGUCUUGAAGCCCCUCUCCCCACUCCCGCAGGAGCAGCUCUUUGGACAUGUUUUCAUGGGCAGCAGAUCUGCCAGCAUCUUCUGAAUUUCUAGAAGAAGCUUAUCUGUGGGAGCAGUUUUAAAAUUGCAGUAUCCUUGUGUCCAUUUGAAACUUACUUGAAUGGGACUGGUCCUCGAAGUGGUGGAUUAUCACUCCAGUUCUUCAGGAGGUUUUACCUUAAAGCAUAGGUCUGGGUGCUUGGAGUCGGUGCAGGAUCAGGCCUUUCUGAGAUAUCGAUCAAGUUUUUUAAAAAAAAAAAUAAAAAUAUGCAGAAGUUGUUUUAAAAAUAUAGCUAUAUAUAAUACUUGACCCUGUUCAAGAGUGUUCACCUUCCUCACAUCUUGCAGAAAAGGGGCAACCCAAGGCCCUUGGAAAGAUCUCUAGACAGACCUGGAGAUCAAGAGUCUGAGUCUGGAUGAGAUGUGAGUGAAUCUUAUUUUGAGUUCAGUAUGGUAGAAAACCAGAUUGGGCUGUGUUUCUUAUGUAAAGAAAAACUUCAGUGUCUUAGACAAAAGGAAACAUUCCCGUGCUUUUCCAGUGAAACCCACGGAAAAGUAGCACUUCCUGCUUUUUGCUGGAGCAAAACCCAGCCAGAGAUGUGUGACGCUUCAGGAGAGAAACACAAAUUCUUGUAGGAUUAAGACUCCUAGUGAGAAAAGUUGUUGAUAAAUCAAUAGCGAGUGUGUUUUGAUAUGGUAUUUAUGAUGUUACUUGAUGUUAUCUUAAAGAAAACCAUUUUAAUACUGUAGAAUAGGAGCGAGCAAAGUGAGCUUGGCUUGGGGUGGGGGUCUGCUUGAGAAACUCUUUACAGAUACACAGGUGAGCAUGGUCACUAUUUACACCACACUCUGUGUAUCCCUGGGUCAUCAAAAAGCACUUAAAAAGGCAAAUUCACCUUCAGACAAUUUAAGGAAGUGAAUUUUCAACAAGAUCUGAAACCCCUUUAUAAAAAUUGCAAGGAUGUGUGAAGUGGAAGAGGGCUGGAAGCUGCUGGUGUACAGGAGUGUUACAGUUCCCCCUAAACACAGAGGAGUGCAAAACUUCUAGCUCACAACUAGACCUGUAGGCUGCUAUGAGAAAGGGAGUGAGAGUUGGCUAAAACUUCUUUUCAAGGCUUAGCAUUGAGUAUUAUAGUUAUGUUUCUAGGCAUUAAAGGCAUUGUGCAACUGUAAAUAGAAAUCAUGGAAAACUGAGUUUAAGAAUAUGUAGGAAUAAUAUGCAUAUUCCCAAAUCUUAAAAUAUUGUAUAGUAAAGCACCAUUUAUAUAUAUUGCAAAGCAUUUCUACUGUACCAGAGGUAUUUUUUCCCAUUUUUAUUUUUUUAAUGAGACAAUGGUUAUGGCAAGAGAAAUGGCAGUGGUUUUGUGCAAUAGGAAAGACUAUUUAAAAAAAAAACUUGCUGAAAAUUAAAUGACAAUGUUGCAAGUAAAAUGUUAACAAUUACUGUUUUCUGUCUUUGCAUAUGGAUUCUUACUCCCCACAAUACAUUUUUAUCUACAUACAGCACUACUGUAAUACUCGCAUAACAAUAAUUUAUAAGGAUAUAUGUGAGGGGACAUGCUGGUUUGGAGCUGGAGUUUGGUCCAGGCAAACUGGCCUUUGCUGUAGCCCAACUUCAGAGGGCUUGAGGCACCAUCUGAGGGCAACUGGGGUCUUGGUAGGUUUUUCAGAGGUGGAGCACCCCAACAAAUAGCAGCUGCGACCUCAAUAGAUUUCUAUUUACAGAUAGAAAAUGCUUGCAAGACACCUGGAAGGAAGUAAUGCUUUUGGCGAGCACGAUGUAUUUGGGUGUCCUGUGUGGUCA